AUGGCGACGGUGGAGGACUGGGAAACCACGGAUGUCUUAAUCUGCGGAUGUGGUCCCACGGGAGCAAUGCUAUCUGGCUAUCUGGGCAAAUUGGGAACUCGGAACAUCAUUCUUGAGAAAGAGGCUGAGAUCACCACCGAUCCUCGCGGGAUUGCUCUCGACGAUGAUGGAAUCCGACUCAUGCAGGGCCUGGGCCUGUACAAGUACAUCUUCACAAAAAUCGGUUCAAACAUGCCCCGAAUUCAGUUUGUUAGCGGAGCCGAUCGCAGCCUUCACAAGAAGCCAUUUCUUUGCUUCGACACCGCAUCAAGCGAGGGAAACACAGGCCACGUCGGGGUUCUCGCGCACAAGCAGCCAGUGCUUGAGAAAUACCUGCGCACGGUCAUUGACCAAGCCCCAGAUUCUGAAUUGCGGAGCAGCUGUGAGCUAACUUCUAUUUCCGAGGAUCAAGACUGGGUAUACGUGACAUAUAGAAAUGUGGAAGGUGCAGAGAAACGAGUGCGCGCCAGGUUCCUGGCGGCGGCAGAUGGUAAGACGGGAUUCACACGGAAGAUGUACCUGGAGCCAAAAGGUAUUCAACUGGAAUGGGCUGAACAAACAAGAUAUCAAGAGACAUGGGUGGCGCUCAAUUGGAAAUUACAUCUUCCUACGAAAGAUUCGCAUCCUUCAUUCCCGCUGUGGACUCUUGGUUAUACACCGGAGCAAGUAUACGACCUUUUCUUCCCGAGUGACUUCCGCUUCCUCUGCAAUCCUAAUCGACCAGCCGUGUGCGGCCGAUUCGGACGGCCUGAGGAUCGGCUCUGGCGAUUCGAAUUUGUUAUUUUGCCCGGCGAGGAUGAGAUGGAGAUGGCGGGACGAGACAAGGUGCGCGAGGUGGUAUACCCGUAUCUGACACACCUCGGCAGUCGUUUUGGACUCGAGGGAGCCAUAGAAUAUCCGGAAGACUGCAUCGAAGUCCUGCGAUGCAGGCCCUUUCGCUUCUCUGCACGAAGUUGCAACAAAUGGGCGCUUAAUCGAGUGAUUCUCUGCGGCGAUGCAGCCCACGUUUUCCCGCCCUUUGGAGGACAGGGCAUCACGUCUGGAUUCCGCGAUGCUGUCUCCCUGGCCUGGCGCCUCGCCAUCGCGUGUUCAUCCAGUUCGAGGCUUGACUAUGAGAGUCUUCUUGAAGGCUGGUAUCUCGAACGAAAGCAGCAAUUAGACAAGUCCCUGGCGUCCACGGUGCGUAAUGGCGACAUGGUCAAUGGAAAGAGUCUAACGCACGCCUUCAUCCGCAACUGGGGCUUAUGGCUGCUCCAACUGAUUCCAAGCUGGAGACACUGGCUGGAACAAGGACCGCGAGGCGAUGGUCCGACACAAUACACCCACACUCCCGGCAUGCCGUUCAUGCCCGAUUUGAGUGGGGGCGUGUGUUUCCCGCAGACAUACUGCACUGCAUUGACCCGGGAUGCGCCAGUGCAGUUCACUGACGAUGUGAUUUUUGACGGCAAGGCACAUCCCUUUCAACUUGUGGUGCUGCUCAACCACCUCGGCGAGCUGGAUGCCGCAUUAUGCGACGUCCGCAAGCUGGGCCCGGCAACUUCGCUCCUGUCGGCUGACGAGGUGACCUUCUUCGUCCCACGCAGCAGCAGCAUGUCCCAGACUUCUCAGGAUCCCGGCCAAUCAGAUGUAUCGGUUGCCAGGGUUUUUCGCAGCGCCACGGGUGACGAAUUCGCUCGGUCGGUGCUUUGUGAUUCUCGCCCUCUUCCCCGAGGCUAUGAUGAGUCGCUCCUGUGGCGGGCCGCAAGCGGCAAGCGAUAUGUGAUAUUGCGGCUGGAUCGGUUCGUCUUCGCAGUCUGUGAUAGUAAGAAUGAGCUGGAGAGAGCCUUCAACCACCUCAAUGGGCUGCUUAAUCCAUAG